CAUGACCACACCGCUGGUUCUGUGACGAGAGGAGCCGAGCCGACUCCUGCUCUGCCUUCAAUCGGUGCAGUGUCACUGCGCUGCAUUCAACUAGAUAUGACAACGAUAUGAAAAUAAGAGGUCUGCGGCGAGGUUAGCCUCUUGUAAAAGAGACCAGGAACGGAGAAGACACGGUUUAACAGAGUGAGUUGCUGUCGAUGCUGGAUUUCCUGAUCUCCCAGUGUUAGGAUCUGCGAGGUCGGGAGAGACAACACCCGGCCGACCACUAAACCACCUGACCCAACAUGAUGGCCUCCAGUGAUGUAGACAGCCGAGGCGAAGGUUCUUUGUUUUCAGACCAAAAUCCAUCAGAAAUGGAUGCUCUUUGUCCCUCUCCACCUGGACCUUCCAGACCACAACGUAAUUAUGAGAGGAUUGGAGAACAGACGGGGACCUCUUUCUGUCAGACUCUGAUCCACUUGUUGAAAGGGAACAUCGGUACAGGGCUGCUCGGUCUGCCCCUGGCUGUCAAGAAUGCAGGCCUGGUGCUUGGACCAGUCAGCCUGCUGUGUAUGGGUGUCAUCGCCGUCCACUGUAUGAGGGUGCUGGUAAAAUGUUCCCACCACCUCAGUGGAAAGUUGAGCAGGCCAUCUCUGACCUAUGGGGAGGCCGUGCAGUACGGGAUGGAGAACGUUUCAUGGCUGAGGAGACACUCACAGUGGGGAAAACAGACGGUGAACUUGUUUCUAAUCAUCACCCAGCUUGGCUUCUGCUGCGUCUACUUUGUCUUCCUCAGUGACAACAUCAAGCAGGUGGUAGAAGCAGCCAACGCCACCACCUUCAGCUGCCAAAUAAACCACACCAACCAGACCCAGGUGCUCGUGCCGAGCUUUGACUCCCGUCUCUACAUGCUCUGCUUCCUGCCCGCCGUCAUCCUGCUGGUCUUCACCCCCAACCUGAAGUACCUGGCUCCGCUUUCUCUGGUGGCAAACCUGGUCAUGACUGCCAGCUUGGUCCUUAUCUACUUCUACUCAAUCACGAACAUCACAUACCCCAUCAACCUACCAAAGGUCGGCAGAGCUAAAGACUACCCUCUAUUCUUUGGGACGGCCAUCUUUGCCUUCGAAGGAAUUGGAGUGGUUCUUCCCCUGGAGAAUAAGAUGCAGAGGCCUCAGAGUUUCAUUCCUGUUCUGUAUUUGGGGAUGGGCAUCGUCACCUUCCUCUACAUCAGCCUGGGUACUAUUGGAUACAUGUGCUUCGGAGAGCACAUAGGAGGGAGCAUCACUCUAAACCUGCCAAACUGCUGGACGUACCAGGCUGUGAAGCUGCUGUACUGUUUUGGCAUUUUCAUCACGUUCGCCCUCCAGUUCUACGUUCCAGCAGAGAUCCUCAUACCGCCAGUCGUGGCUCGCGUGUCACCGAGGUGGGAGCGAGCUGUCGACCUGCUGCUGCGCACCAUCUUGGUCAUCUUCACAUGUGCUCUUGCUAUCCUGAUCCCUGAGCUGGACCUUGUCAUCUCAUUGGUCGGCUCACUCAGCAGCAGCUUCCUGGCACUGAUCUUUCCCCCUCUCCUCCAGAUUGUAACGUUUCACUCGGAGGGCCUGUCGCCGCUUGCGACGCUCAAGAACAUCAUCAUCAGCCUGAUUGGAAUUGUGGGGUUCCUGACAGGAACCUACAUCGCCAUCGAGCAGAUUAUCGCCCGUAAUGCGCUCAAACACGAAGAGACGUUCUCCACAUACAUGGUCCAGUGAAGGAGCAAAAUGACUGUUUGGAAGUAACACACCCAGGCCAUCUUAGAAACCAUUUGUGGGCACAUUUUUAUUUUUUUCGUCUUUGAUUUGCUGCUGUCAAUUUGCUGGAUUCGGCAGACAUUUAAGGAUUCAUCCGACACGUGUUUAAGCAUUUUGAAGCUGUAAGGAUUCGUGGUGCUUGGUGUUGUGGUUCAUUAUGUCUCCGCUGCCGUGUCCUGUUGUAUCUGACAUACAUGACUACUAGCAGUACCAUUUCAUCCAAGUUCAGCCAUGGAGUGCAAUCUAAUGACAACAGAAUUAUGAUAAAAGCUAGAUCAUUCCUUUAGCAAUGAGAUAGAUUCAACAGAUUUUAGCAGGUUUUUAGAGGUAAUUUUCGACAGUCUGAAUAUAUUGGUGUUUAAUAUUUCAGUCAAAAAUCAAACUACCUCACAAACUGGUACGAUUUGGUCUUUCAAACUUUUUACAUUUAGAGCUUUUAGAGAUUAACCACGCACCACAAAAAAAAGGACAAAAAGUAAAUACAUCUUUUCUUGCACUUUGUUUUAAUGCCUUAUUCAUUGAAGUGGCACUAUUCUGUCAUAGACAACACAUCACAUACACUUUAAAUCAUGUAGCUGUAAUGACUAAUCUAGAACAUAAAAGGGAUGAGUAUCCAAAUGAUUUGUUUCAGAUUGACAAGAACUAUGGGUUCUUUACGAACUGUGCUUUUCAGUAUCAUUUAUCGACCUGCUGCCCACCUGUCUACAUCACCAGAUAGAAAUGUAUAAUGGUUGAAAGUACAGAAGUGCAGGUCCUUCUCGUGUAGGUAUGUCGUCAGUCUCUCAUAAUUACAAGACUUUCUUCUUCUGUUAUAAUUACAAUAAUACAGAUCUUCAUGAAGCGUAUUAUUUUAGUAGUGUUGUGUUCAGGUUAUUUAAAACGUGAAUGGGACUGGCUUUUCUUUCCUGCUGUAAUCCUGCACACAACUCAUAUCAGGCGCUACAUUGGCAUCCAUUUAUAUAAUGGUAUGUUCUUUUUUGUGAGUAGCAUAAAGGGACUACAACUACCAUUUCAGGAUUUUGUAAGAACGGUGAUUGACAAGCACAGCAAGAAUCAGUCAAAUCAAUCUGAUACUCAACCCUCUAAUCUAAUAUAUCCAACUUAAGAAAUGUAGUUGUUCUGUUUGUGUAAGAGCUCUUUUAACAUCUUCCUCUUGUCUUUAAAACUUUUAUUUUUUGAUCUGAUUCUUUUUUGAAAUGUGUUUUUAUGUUUAAAUGUAUGUACUAAAUUAAAUUUAAUAGUUUUUUUAUUCAACAGCAUGCAUUUUUAAGACUUACAACUAACCUUGACAUUUUUUUUUUUUGUUUGUUUAAUCACAGGGAGGCUCUGCAUGUAUUAUAAUGUAAUAUGUAAAGUAAUAUAAGACACAAGUUUCAGUUACAAGCUGUAGGUAUUCUAUCCAUCAGAUAAACCCCAUCCACUUCAGUAAACAGACAAAUACCAACAAUUGUACUGUAAGUUCACUCUAAAGCUUCUGUACUGUUGUAUGUCUUCAGUGUUGAUGUGGCAGUAGAACAAAGCUUUUCAUCUGUCAAAAGAAAUGGAGGUAUUUGUCAGUGUACAUUGAUACAAAGUUAUGAGCCUUAUGUGUAAAGGAUUUGUAACAGGUGUUGGUUUGAAGUUGCUUUUAUGUAUAUACCCAUUUGUUGCACAUGUACAUGUCACGCAAAAAUGUUUUGAUCUAGUUUUACAUGACGGAACGCCCAUUAUUCUCCAUCUCCUGUGGAUGGAAGUUAUCUGCUCAAACAGUUUGGGUGAGAUUCUCUCUGAAUUUAUCACUGGAUACUUUGAAAGGCGAACAAUGAUGAUGAUGAUGAUGAUGAUGAUGAUGCAGCUACCCAAAGAAGACUAAUUUCUCUUUUCCGGCUGCAUCUAAUAAUAAUUUUAACUUGUCACUUUAUCAGUUCUUCAUUAUUCAAAUUAACAGUAGUUUAGUUCACCAGAACAAGCCCAAACCAUCUUCCCCUGGUUAAGCUAUUGUUAUAUAUAACAGCUAAAAUAGGCUCCAAAUCCUCAGAUUGGACAUGCUGAAACCAACAAAUGUUUGGGAUUUUUAAUUGAUAAAUCACCUUCACCAGGUUUUAAUGUCAGCAGUCUUUCAUUUCUAUAUUUCUUGCUCAGAAUAAAUAACAUUUACAGUAUU